AAUCUUGAACGUUGGGUCCAUUUUGCAACUUCUCUGUUUUAAUUAGCCCUUGCAUUCAAAUAUGCCCACUGCACCACAAUAUAGUUUGGACUCAUUUUGCAUGCUGUUUUUCACAAUGUAAAUCUUUGGCUAAAGAACUGUAUUGCUGGAUGGUUUAGGUAAUCAGGGUUUGAACUAAACUGCAGGAAACUAGCCCUCCAGGAGCUGUUUAGUACAUAUUUCGGUUCAUUUAGAAUUGGUGGAUGCAGGUCCAGUGUGUGGGCUGGAGGGCAAUAAGGAGACAGCUUUCAGAGAAAGCGCUCCACAAGAAAGAAUCCACCAUGUCAUUAUUCAUGGAAGGACACGCGACUCGUAGAAAUAAAAAAAACAGAAAUAUAAACAUAUCUCUAAAUAUCAACUGCAUUUUAUUACUGUAACCAUAUCAAACGCAUUUAUAUUACCUAACAGGUACCGUAAACUCAAAUAAAUAUAUACACAGAAUAGUAUAGAACAUAAUCUUACGUAAGUAAAUAAUACGUUUAAAUGUACACAAACUUAAUCGCAAAGCGAAUUAAUUCGAUAAUUGAUUAGUUUAUAACGGAAAUAGCCGCCCGGAGGCGUGGCAAGUAUGGAUAAACAUGUUGAAACCGGCUUUACAAGUAACUGAAACGUUUGUGGGAGUUUGCAGGUUUGCCGAGGACGAAAAGCGAUGGAAAAAAAGGAGAAAGAGAAAUCUGCAUCUCCAGGACCCAGCUGUGUGUCUAUGAGGAGUACAAACUCCAUGUUCUCACCUCCUAAAUUGAGUGAUGAAACAGUGACCUCUGACCCCAGUGAAAAUGGAAAUGACCUGAUUCAAGUUCAGUCAAAAUGUGGAGUCUGUAAGCAGGUUUUAAGAGAUCCGGUCAUUAACACCCGUGGACACCGUUUUUGCAGACAUUGCAUCAGCCAUUACUGGGACCACUCCAGUCAUUCUGGAGACUUUGGCUGUCCAAGAUUUAGAAGACCUAAAACUCGACCUGUUCUAUACACUCGUGGAGACAUAGGAGCAUCCAGGUCCGCUCAGCGCUGUAUAGAACCAGCUGGAGACCUACAGCAGGGCCCCUGCCAACCAGCGGAUGAUGUUCUGCGGAGAGUUAAAGACCAACACAAAACCAGUAUGAGGGACAAGUAUGGGAGUUUAUUUGAGGGAAUCAAACGGCAAGAAAAUCAAACCCCCCUGAACAGAAUUUACACACCGCUGUACAUCAUAAAGGGAGAGAGUAAAGGAGUGAAUGAAGAACACGAGGUUUUACAGAUGGAGAAAAGUUACAAGACACGUCAUAACACUCCGGUCAACUGCAAUGACGUCUUCAAACUUCUACCUGAAGCUGACUGUGAGAGAAAUGAAAAGAUAAAGACGGUUCUUACUAAAGGCAUCGCUGGAAUUGGAAAAACCGUCUCUGUGCAGAAGUUCAUUCUGGAUUGGGCCGAGGGAACAGCCAAUCAGGAUGUCGAUUUCAUGUUUCUGCUUCCAUUCCGAGAGUUGAAUUUGAUUAAAGAUGAUCAGUACAGUCUUCACAAACUUCUGCUUGACUUUCAUCCUGAACUUCAAGGUCUGGCCUCAAAGAUUUAUGAUGAGUGUAAAGUUGUGUUCAUCUUUGAUGGUCUGGACGAAAGCAGAAUAACAGCGAUGUUCGCAGACAGCGAGAAAGUUUCUGAUGUGACGGAGACUUCAUCACUGAGUGUGUUGAUGUCAAACCUGAUCAAAGGAGAUCUGCUUCCCUCCGCUCUCAUCUGGAUCACCUCCAGACCAGCAGCAGCCAAUCAGAUCCCUCCUAAAUACAUCAACCGUGUGACAGAAAUCCAGGGUUUCAACGAUCCUCAGAAGACGGAAUACUUCAGGAAGAGAAUCGGAGAUCAACGCGUGUUCAUUAGAAUCAUAUCGCACAUUAGAAGAGCGAGGAGCCUCCACAUCAUGUGUCACAUACCGGUCUUCUGCUGGAUCUCGUCCACCGUGCUUCAGAAGACCCUGACACAAGAUCAGGGCGAAGAAAGUCCCAAAACUCUGACUGAAAUGUACAUCCACUUCCUGCUCAUUCAGAUCAAUACGAGGAACCAGAAGUACGGCGAAAAAGAUGAGAGCGAUCCAGAGGAACAUUUACAAUCCAACCGAGAAGUGAUCGUGAAACUGUCUGAACUGGCGUAUAAACAGCUGAUGAAAGGCAACGUCAUGUUCUACGAGGAAGACCUGAGAGAGUGUGGCAUAGACAUCGCUGAUGCCUCUGUGUAUUCUGGGAUGUGUACUGAGAUCUUUAAGGAGGAAUCUGUGAUUUAUGAGAGGAAACUCUACUGCUUCAUACACUUGAGCUUUCAAGAGUUUCUCGCUGCAUUUUAUGUUUUUUAUUGUUUUGUAAACAGGACUUCUGAGGCAUUGAAAGUGUUCGAUUUACUUGCCAAUCUCCACAAGGGGGUGAUCGAUGCCGCCCUUCAGAGCGAGAACGGACAUCUGGAUCUCUUCCUGCGAUUUCUGCUGGGCAUCUCACUGGAGUCCAAUCAGAAUCUUUUGCAGGGUCUCCUGACGCACACGGAGAACAGCUCCGAGAGCAUCCAGAAAAUCACCACUUACAUCAAAGACAAAAUCAAAAACGAACACGGUUUUUCAGCCGGCAGAUCCGUCAACCUGUACCUCUGUCUGCUUGAACUGAACGAUCAGAGUCUGUCUACAGAGAUUGUGGAGUUUCUGAAAUCGGAGAAACACACCGAGAACAAACUCUCUGCUUCACAUUGCUCAACGAUAGCAUACAUGCUUCAGGUGUUAGAGAACGUGCUGGAGGAGCUGGACCUUAUGAAAUACAACACAUCACAGGAAGGGAGAUGGAGACUUUUACCAGCUGUGACCAACUGCAGAAAAGCUCUUCUCGCAGGCUGUGAUCUCACGGCUCAGUGUUGCGAAAUUGUGGCUUCAGCUCUACAACCAUCAGAUUCUCCUCUGAGAGAGCUUGACUUGAGUACCAAUGACCUUAAAGAUUCGGGAGUGAAGAUCAUCUCUGAUGUUCUGAAGAGUCCAAAGUGUAGAUUGGAGAUACUGAGAUUGUCUGGCUGUAUGGUGACAGGGGAAGGAUGUUGCUAUCUGGCAUCAGCUCUGAGUUCAAACCCAUCACACCUGAGAGAACUGGACCUGAGCUAUAAUCACCCCGGACCUUCAGGAGUUCAGCUGCUCCAUGAUAGACUCCAUGAUCCAAACUGCACACUGAACAAACUCAAUUUAGAGCACGCAGGAAGUUCCAGGAUGAUACCAGGAUUACAAAAAUAUAACGUCCAUCUUACACUGGAUCCAGACACAGCAAACACUCGUCUCGUUCUGUGCGAGGAAAAGAGAACAGUGAUGUGUAUAGACGGGGAGCAGUCGUAUCCUGAUCAUCCAGAGAGAUUUGAUCACUUUGAGCAGGUUAUGUGUAAAGAGCGUCUGUCAGGAUGCUGUUACUGGGAAACUGAAUGGACUGGAGGGGCUUGUAUAGCGGUGACAUAUAGAGGAAUUAAAAAGAAAGGAGGAAGUGAUUGUAAAUUCGGAUGGAAUGACAAGUCUUGGAGUCUUUUUGGUACUGUUGACCGAUUCCAGGCUUGGCAUAAUAGUAGAUCCACAGACAUAGAUGUCCAGUCAGCCCAGAUAAACAGAGUUGGAGUGUAUCUGGACGAGCCGGCCGGCAUUCUGUCCUACUACAGUGUGUCUGACUCGCACACACUCGCACACCUCCACACGUUCAACACCACGUUCACUGAGCCCCUCUACGCUGGCUUUUCAGUUUAUGCUUCGAUGUCUUUGUCAGGUUAAAAACAGCACAGCAGAGAUGUCACUUCCUUUCUGUUGUUUUGGGGGCGUUACCUGGACAGGGAUUAGCUUGCCAGCGCUAGGCCUUCGUUAAAUUAGGAUAUUUCGUUCGUUUUUAAAAACAUGCAUCACAAUAAAACAUUACUGGUGUGCCUCUUGAGACAAAACAAUCGCAUUGAUAAACUGUAUUUUAAGAUAUGUCAGUGCAAGUUGUUUUCAAUCAAGACACACAUUUAAAUUAGUCUGGGACUAGCCUUAAAGGGAUACUUCGCCCAAAAAUUAAAAUUCGGAUUUACCAGAUUUUGCCCCCCCAUUGACUACCAUAGUAGGAAAAAUACUUUAUCGUUUUUUUGUUCUGUUGAACACAAAAGAAGACAUCUUGAAGAAUGUAGGACAGCAAACCGUUCUGGGGCACUUUUCACUUCCAUUGAAUUUUUAUCCUAAUAUGGUAGUCAAUGGUGGGGGUAGUCAAAUCUGUCUGGUUAUAAGCAUUCUUCCAAAUAUCUUUCUCUGUGUUCAUCAUUUGGAACAAAUUGGAUUUGGAACAACUCAAAGGUGAGAAAAUCAUGACAGAAUUUUCAUUUUUGGGUGAAGUAUCACUUUAGAUCAUGGGAAUAAAUCAAUCAGAAGUCAAUGUAGCAGCUGAUGGUGGAGAUCUUAUGUAUGCUUGUGUAUAGUCUUACCUUUGAUGGAGUCGCUUGGCAUUCAGCUCUCCAGCACAUUGUGUUUAUUUAUGUCUUUUCUGUUUUGUUUUUAUUUAUCUUGAUAUAUUAAUUUAUAUGGAUGCACUGUUACCAGUACAGUUACUAAGCUCAUGUACUCAUGCUCAUGAUACCACAGACCGAUACCUCAUGUGACAUAACUGACAGAACUGAUUGAAAUUUGUACUUUGAAAGUUUGUGACAAACACAUAAAUUAUUUAUUUUUUCAUGAUGUGUUUAAGAUGGAGUUGUUUGUAAUUAUGAAGCUAUUCUAUUUUUAUUAGUCUCACUGUGUUACGCUUGGAAAAUUGACACCUCACCAAAAAGAAAAAAAAGAGAUACAGGCAUCGGUAUCGGCGAGUACUAGAAAAAAAUAUUGUUACUCUUUAAAAAUGGGAUCUGUGCAACCCUAUUUAUUUAUGUUGUUAAUAUUUCCUUUGCUGAUGGUAGAUAGCACAAAAAAUGUAAAAGUGAUUAUAACCUCAAUGUCAAUCAUUAAUCACUGUUGUAAUAAAACUAUACGUAUACUUUUAGACAAUUAUGCAUAGUAAAUCAUUCACAUGUGACCCUGGAUCACAAAACCAGUCUUAAGUAGCACGGGAACAUUUUUAGUAAAAGACAAAAAUACAUUGUGUGGGUCAAAAUUAUCGAUUUUUCUUUUAUGCCAAAAAUCAUUAGGAUAUUAAGUAAAGAUCAUGUUGCAUGAAGAUAUUUUGUAAAUUUCCUACCUUAAAUAUAUCAAAACCUUAUUUUUGUGAGUGGAUGGUCUGCCACAGUGCCCCUGAUUAACAACUUCAAAGGCAAUUUUCUCAAUAUUUUGAUUUUUUUGCGCUCUCAGAUUCCAGAGUUUUAAACGGUUGUAUCUCAGCCAGAUAUUGUCCUAUUCUAACAACUCAUAUAUCUAUAGAAAGUUUAUUUAUUCAGCUUUCAGAUUAUGUAAAAAUCUCAAUUUUGAAAAAUUGACCCAUAAGACUGGUUUUGUUGUCCAGGGUCACAUAUGUGUAUAUGUAUUCUUCUAUGCAGUAUUUUACUAUUUUUAGUUUAUUCAAAUAUUUUGGAUAAAACUUUAAAAGCAUCUGCUAAAUGACUAAAUGUCAAUAUUGAAAUUAAAGCACGUUAUUCUUUAACUGCGUUGUGUUCUCUCGUUUGUUCAAAAUAGCAGCAUAUACUCUUUCUUACAUGUUCUGUAAAGCUCCAGUGAAAAAGCUUAAC